UUUCAACAAAUAUCGCGACAAGUUGGGUUUCCGCUAGAAUCGUGAAAUCUAGCGAUGGUUACGGUGGUGCCGUCGUCCGCCCGUACCAGCUAAUCCGAAACCGAAAUACGCGUACAGUGCACCCACGAUAGGCCCCCCGGAAUUCGUCCGCAGCGGCCACACAGCAGCACACCCGAAAAAUUUCAGCAGCCUCGCCAGCGCAAAACGCAAAACGGUGAACAAGUGUGCGUGCGUCGCUGUGUGCGUUUAAGUGUGUGCGGUGCGUGCGUUUGCUUUGGAAGUGAUCUUCUCGACGGCGGCGGCUGCUCUCUAGAGUGCGGUGAUCAAGUGGUCGUGGAUGCUGACUGGUGCUGCCCGCUGCUGGUGGUUGUAGCAGCAUCAUCAGCAGCAUCAUCAUCACCAUCAUAGUAACCGACGACGAGGAAGCAAGCGAAAUAAUAGAUGAUUGUGUUCCAUGCCAAUUCUUACGCGUAAACCAGGUGCAGCCGCUGGGGCGCAUCGCGUGGUGCACAAUAGAAGAUACUGGCCGUGGCGCCACCGGGCCUCAUUGUUUGUUUGCGAUUGAUCGAUCGGUCGGUUAAUCGAUCGUGGUGCAGUGUUUUCGCCAGUGUACUGCUGCUAGUGUUUUCGAUGGCUUAUCUGCAGCAUUCUUCCCACUACCACCACCACCACCACCCCCGUCAGCUUCCGGUCACUAAUGAUUCGCCAACGUCGACGGCGUCGCCGAAGGUGUGAGAUCGUCCUCGUCUAGGAGGCACACUGUUAUAUCCAACACCCUCUCCCUAUUUAAAAAAAAACCCACACCCUGUGUUGUGUUGAAACGAAAGAAGAAGAAAAGUGAACGGAAAAGAGUGAGAGAUAGAGAGAUCGAGGGAUCAAGUUAUCCCCCCUCCCAUCAUCAUCACCAUACGACCAGGAUCCGUCGGCGGUGUCCCUUGUAGCGGCUCAACAAUGAAUAAGCUGGAGUACUCGCGACGGAAUGGCACCCAAAAGAUUCGAAUUACAAUUCUCUGUGCCCGUAAUCUGGCCCGGAAGGAUCUGUUCCGAUUACCGGAUCCUUUCGCCAAGAUCACCGUGGAAGGUACGCGGCAGGAGUACACGACGGAAAUCUGCAAAGCGUCGCUGGAUCCCCGGUGGAACUCGUACUACGAUCUGUUUCUCGGCAAGAACGACAACAUCAUCAUCGCGAUCUACAACCAGCGCAAGAUGCACAAGCGGCAGGGCUUCCUGGGCUGCGUGCGGAUCGCCGCCUCCAGCAUACAGCUGUUGCGCGAUACGGGAUAUCAACGGCUGGAGCUGGUGAAGCGAACCCAGGAUGACCCCGAUCCGGUCAAGGGGCAGAUCAUUGUGUCACUGAUGUCACGGGACAGUGCUACGGGCGGUGGCACCCCGCUUGCCAUCGUCGGUCCGGCCGGUGAUGUUCGCGUUCCCGAUGAUGAUGAUUCGGCGACGGAUACACUGAUCGAUACGGAGCAGCAGCUUCCGCAGGGCUGGGAAGAACGGACGACACCGAAUGGGCGCUCGUACUACGUCAAUCAUCUAACGAAAACGACACAGUGGAUGCGCCCAACGGAACCGGCCGGUGGUGGUGGUGGCGGCGGCAAUAUGAACGGAGUGAACGGGCAUGUCACGACUCCGCAGCACAACGUUGCCAAUGGCAACAACCAUAACCAUAGCAAUGAAACCGCCGGUACACCGAUCAUGGCACCGACCGGGGCAGGCCCAUCCAAGUCGGCAACCAACAAUAGCAUCAAUAGUAUUCAAUCGAACGAUUCGGGCAGCCGGCGGCACUCGACCGAGAUUUUGCUCAAUUCGAACAACAAGGAGAACUGCAAUAACCAUCACCCGUCACAGCAGCAGCAGCAGCAACAACAGAUUCAUCAGCAUCCUCAGUCGCCACAGCAUCACCCUCACCAUCAACAGCAAUCGUCCAAGGAGCAGCAGCGAUCGGGGAAGGACAACGAUGGUGGAGCACUUAUCAACGGUAACAAUGGGGCCGGAUUGCGGCAACGAAACGAAGCGAAAAGUCCUGUGAGAAUAGCGGAUGAUUCGGGUCAGGCAACGCCCAGCUCGAGCACGACCAGUCCGCUCAGUGAGAUCAACAGUCCGAUCGUUUCGUCCAAGUCUCAAGACAUCUCGCCACGUUCCGGCAACGGUGGAGGACGAGAACCACAAUCGGUAGUAUCCGGAAUUACCAGCGCAAUUGGAUUACUUUCGGUGGAAUGUUCGCCAGCGGCUGCUACAAGAUCCUCUCCGGCGACCGUCAAUGGAGCGAAUGGACCUGCUGCAACAACGAACGGCACUGGAGGAGGGGCUCCUGGAAGUAACUUCAGUAGCCCAAAUCAUGUGUCGAACAGUAGCAACCAGCAGCAACAGCAGCAGCAGCAUCAGCGUGGUUCGGAAUCAGCGAACGGACCGGGCGGCAGGGAGCCGUCACAUCAAUCAAAACCCACUGUGCCUUCGUAUCUGCCACUGCAGGCGAACAAUAAUGCUAACGUCC